UAUAUUAGUUAUCAUUUUAUAUGUAAUAUGUUUAUUAUGAAGUUGACCUAAACAUUUUGGUAAUGCAAUUCAUCAUCAUUGUAUCAACUAUUGAGUUAGUGGGUGGGUAUGUGCGUGUGGCAAGGGAACAAUUCAAGCAAACACCUUUUAUGGCAACUUAUGCUUAUAAAAAUCCAGCUUUUCUACCAUUUUCUUUCUCUCCUAAAAAUCGAAAACCAUAGCUUGAAUUCAUUUAAGCUGCUGAUUGUAAUACAAGCAGCUAUGAAUCCAAGGAUAAAGGGUUUUCUUGUCAUUUUCAUCUUCCUGUCUGCAGGCAUGGUUAAGAGCUCGGGCGACAGAAUGCAUCCUCUCAACUCGCUUGAUGAGGGUGGAGUACAAGCAUAUUCUAGAAAGCUCCUGGGGUUCGAUGCUGUGUUAGACUAUGACUAUGCAGGAGCCAAUCCAAAGCACAAUCCAAAAGGAAGGAGGGGAGGUGGUGGCAGAAGUCUCUGACUGUUUAUCUAUCCCUCUAAUUUACUGUCUUAAGCUCUAUAGAAGUUUUGAACUGCAUGACUAUGAGUUUUUUACUAAUAUUAAUAAAUUCCCCACUGUUGAUGUACAAGGAAGCCAUGGUGCUUAGUAUGCUCUAAUGUUAACUUUAUGCUACCUUAUCAUAUAUGUUCUUAAAUUCACUAUGUAGCACCAUAAAUCAAUAAUUUGGGGUAGUAGACAUGACGAAUCCUAAAUAUUUUUCUG